UCCAGGCCUUUAUCAUCACCGCCGCCAACAUUACCGCCAAAAGUCAAGCCCCGGCGCUCUGCCGGAGGUGGUGGCGGAGCUCAGGCCUCGUCGUCAUCCAACACCCCAUCGCCCUCAUCGUCCACCGGCUCAUCCAUAUACCGACCCCUACCGAAGCCGCCCACUAACGUCCCACCGCCCAAACCCCCUCACCUGCCGCCUGUGAUACCGCCGCCCCCACCGCCCCCAUCAUUAUCCACACCCCCGGCGUCGCCCACAACGGAUGAGCAGCCGGUGAUUCCGCCCCGACUGGUCAUCAAAGAGCAGGUGCUCAGAGAUAACGUGGAUCUGGAGGACCAGCACCUGAACCACCGCCGGAUGUGGUCUCCGAUGUCGCGUAAGCUCAGCGAACCGAUGCCCGUCUCUCAGCCCAAAGUGCCCAUAGUCGAUCCCUAUGUCUGUCAACACUCCGACUGCAGACUUAAAGGUAUCGCCCGAUCGCAGACAUUUCGGUCGUCGGGCGGUAAAUCCAGAUCCCGACUCCAGGCGGCCAAUAACCACAGCAAUAUUAACCCUAACGCCCGGUCUAUAAUCCAAAAGUGCGGUUAUCUGUGGAAAACCGGGUCAAAUAGGCGUGAAUUUUUGGACCGGUGGUGCGUUUUGCACCGCAACGACCAGCAGCCGGACGACGGGGUACUCGCCUACUAUGCGGACCGCAAGACCACCGCCGCCCGCGGGAAGAUCAUGCUCAAAGACGUGGCUUUUGCGAGGCUGGUGCCCGAGUUGGGCCCCAAAACACGGCCCCCGACCGCUCAGGUCAACGGUACCAUUAACUCGGCUAACGAUUCGUCCAAUUGGUGUUACUUUGAAAUCGGGACUAACUGUAAACGGGGGCGCGUUUUCCUGUUCGCCGCCAAAUGCCUGAGCGAUCAGCGCCUGUGGUUUCAGGUACUUCAAGAGGCAAUUGCAUGGGACAGGUUUACCCUCAAAGAUACUUUCCACUGCGGUUACAUUUGGAUGAAAUACGGCAUUUCUGGCCAAUGGCUGGUCAAUUACGUGCUGCUCAGCGACCGGCAGAUAACAGUGGUGUCCAAAGACACGGCACCGGACGAGGAUCAGCCCCUGGGGUCGCCGCCAAAGACAGCGGACAACAAGAGUGUCCGCUCGUCCGACAACGAUAGCGACAGUUACGUGAGCACCGGGUCGUCAACGAUGGCUGACUGUCUGGGCUCAGGUCACUGCUAUCGCACGUACGAUAUGCGUAAAGUGAUGUCUUGUGGCUACGCGUCCGCCCAUCAGAUCAAUUCGUGCGGUUUGGUUCACGAGUCCGGCCAACCCGUGUGCCUCACUUUCCCCAAUAAAGUGCUGUACAUUCAGUGCGAAUACAAAGCGCACACCGAGUUGUGGUACCAAUCAUUCAUGAAACUAUGGACAGUUCCAGCGGCCGGCACUCUGGAGGACCAGUACCUGACCGGCGAUGGGGUGCCGGUGGCUGUGGACAAGUGUAUCAACUUUGUGGCCACGUAUGGCACCGACACUCCCAACCUAUACCUACAGCAAAAUCUCGGGUCACCCGUCGCUCAGGCCAUAGUUGAUGAGCUCCGGCGGGACGCCUGGGCUUUGCAGCUCCGGGUGGACAACCAUUCCGUCCAUGACAUUACAUGUGCACUCAUUUUGUACCUUAAAUCGAUGUCUGAGUGUAUUCUCACAGAAAAGCUGUACCAUAACUGGAUUAAAGCGAAUGAAGAAGACAAUCGCAACGAAAGGCUCCAGAAGUUGAAGAUUUUGCUGCAUUUGUUGCCAAUUGUCAAUUAUUUAACCCUCAAGAAACUUAUCGCUCAUAUUGUUUGCAUAAUAGAGCAAUCGGACAAAAACCAGACCUCUAUACUGAACAUCGCUCCGGCCAUAUGUCCGGCCCUACUAUUCCUCAAGUGCUGCCACCGGGUGCUCGACGACCGGGUGUCCACGUUUGACGGCCACUCGGCCGGCAUCGAUAUCGUCACCGACUUGAUCCAGUCGUACGGCUGGCUCUUUGACGUCACCGCCGAAGAGCUAGAGAAGGAGCGGCGGAUCCAGAGGGCGCUCGAGCUGUUGAAUGAGGCCAAGCGUCGGGAGAUGGGCGCCAAAGCCGGCGCGAACAUCAAGGAUAACGCGGACCGGCUGUCUGUAUACGAGAUAGUGUACAACGAACAGCUGGAACGGCCCGUCCAUCACACGGACAUAGUGUUGGCGGUGACCCUAUCGUGGGUGAAAUGGUCGCAACAGUACUCGCGCGACAACUACCUGUGCGUCCGGACGAACACCCUAUACAACCAGUUGGCGGGUCAGCUGCGCGAUCAGACACCGAUCACCAUAUUCUCGGAGCUCCGGUACGCCGACCACCGGUCCAAAGGGUUUAAGAAAGUGUUGGUCGAGUUUAUCGGCGCCCGACUCUCGGUGUAUAAGCCGGACGGCGGCGGUAGGGGUGGCGGCGACCGAUCGCUCGGCCAGUGGUGUGUCGAAGAUAUCACGUGGUAUUUGGGCGCCGAGCGUAAGCGUCGCGCUGGCGGUGGUUUGGGCGCCAGUAAGCGAUGGUUUAUUACGUUCAUCGAUAGGAAUAAUCCCAUUGUUAAGACUAAAGAGAUGCCAUAUUUCGGUCGUGUGCUGUGUUGUAAUACUGAAGAGGAAUAUCACAAAUGGAUCUCUGGUAUGCUUUGCGCCGAAUAUCCCAAUGGAGUGAUCGUUAAUGGGAUUAAUGGCAGACAAACGGAUUUAAUGGACUAAAACAUCUCAAUAAAAACAAUCAUAUUUAAUGUUAUAUCAAAUAAG